UACCUCUUACUAUGUGCCAGGUGCUUAGUAUGCCUUAUUUUGGUAUAUCUUUACCAGAUUUCCUGAGUUACAUCUGAGGAAACCAGAAGCUCAGAGAGGGAAAGUGGCUUGCCUAAAUAACCCAGCUGGUCAGAAGUUAAACCCUGAUGGGCCUCAGGACUACCUGAGUUAAGAUGCUGGCCUCAGGCCCAUCACCUCUCUGCACAGGGUCUCCUGAAGCUCAUGGCCCAGUAGAACACAUGCCAGACCAAGGUCACACUAGAAUCCUUUGGCAUCAAAGAGGAUUCUCUCCCCUCUCCACCUUUCCCCCAAGACUCCCAUCUUCAUCUGGCUGACAGUCCAGACCAGUUAAGUCCAGGGAUAGCUCCUCACUCUGAAAUCUGCCCGACACCGGACCAUGGGGAGGGGUGCCCCUUUGAUUUAGUAUCUUUCCUUUCCCCAACCCUGCUUUUGAUUCAGUUCUUUUCCUCAGAGAAGUCCGCUCUGCCUGGUCUGCUCCCCACUCCCAAGCGAUGUGGUCUCCAAACUCUUAACACCACUUUUCAGAUGAGUGGUAUACCAUCACCCCCCAACCAAAGACCCUCCUGGGCCCCUGUCCCAGCACAGUGGUCCAAACGUCCCUUUUCCCGCUGCCCAUCCAGUGACCAGGCUCUCUGGUCUCUCUUCACUCCCUUCCUCUUCCCUGAUCCCUCCGCAACCCACGUGCCGUCACUCAACAGGGUCCUGCUCCGAAGCUCACCUCUCCUCUCCUGUGUGGUGCACAGUGAUCUAGCGCCUCACACCACGCCCCCCCACCCCCGCACACACAGUGGUCCGUUCCAACAGGUCUGCUCCCCCUCCUUUAUACACCCAGUGGUCCGGCCCCCAGACUCGCAGGGCUGGUCGCUGAGGACCGUGAGGCGAGACGAAGGCAGAGAUGGCAGCGGCAGGCCGGGAGCUGGAGCGGGACCGGGCGCGCUUCGUCUACGUGACCCGCUUCGGCUCGCACCAGUGUGGCGGCGUCCUUGCGCUGGGCGGCCGCAGGGCUCAGGGCCCGAGGAGCGCCGGGCUCAAGCACGGCCACAGCCAGGAGAAGCUGCGGGCGGCAGCGCCCGGGAGUCCAGGUUUAACCCAGAAGAAUUUAGCUAAAGAGUUUGACUUCCCCAUACCUUUGAGUGAAACUUCCAAAAUAAUGAAGAAGAACAAAAAGAUUCAAAAGAUACAAAAUGAAUCUUCUUGUCAUCUUCUGGUAAGAAUACACUUAGAUAAAAAUUAAAAGGUUUAACCUAUUUCUGCAUCUGUUUACCAAAGAAGAUUAUGAAGAGUUUAAAGAUGGAAUUUUAACUUGUCAUAAUUGUUUGUUGGAAUUAGAACUUUAACAGUUGAGCAGAAGAAACUACGCUUUUUAUCAAUUAGUGUUUCUUUGAAAAUUAAUAAAAAUUUUAAAUGUUGUUAUAUGCA